UAGGACAAAACAGUAUCCGAAAUGAUAUCGUUUCGGAAGCCCUCGCGUAACGCAAACGUUUAUGUGAUUUAACUUUAAAGCGUUUCAGAGAGGCGUCCAGAGAUACAGACGACAACGUCAUUUCAAAAGAGAUAAACACGGACAGUUCGCAAGCUCGAAUCAUAGAAAUAAAAAGUCGUCAAAUCGAGGUGCACAUCUGCGUAAAACAAAACUGCAAGCCACAAAUCAUGAGUAUGAUGACGAAGCGGUUGUGUUUGAUGGUGCACAGGCAAACAUUGGAUGCGAACUUGAGGUGGGUGGUGGGGCCAUAUAUACGUCGACGAAACAUCGGACGAUUGGGCAACAGGAAGACGGAUUGUAGAAUUGGGUCAUCUCGCCACACAGAUGUUUUGCCACAUAUGCAAAUCCCCACUGCACCUUAUUGACACUGUGUGGGAAAAACGCUAUGGACUUGGAUCCAUAUUACACAUAAGGUGUAAAAACAUCACCUGCAAUGCUGUUUGCCCAAUAGAAACAGGAAAAAGGGGGAGCACAGGAGCAUUUGAUAUCAAUUCAAAGGCUGUUCUAGGAAUGAUCCAUGUGGGUAUGGGCCCAACCCAUCUUAUCAACUUUCUUGGGCAGUGCAAUAUACCCCCUCUCUCAGAACCAUCCAUAAAAAAGUAUGAAACAAGAGUUGGCAAGACCAUUACAGAUGUGGCUUUAGAUUCCUGCAAAGCGGCCCAGGCUGAAGAAAAGCAGAUGUCAGACACAUUGCAGGUUAGUUUUGAUGCCGGUUGGCAAAAACGCGGUACAGGUUGGAAUUACAAUAGCAAUUCAGGCCAUGCCAGCAUGGUUGGAAAAAAUACGGGAAAAAUAGUGGCAUAUGAUGUUAGAAGCAAGUGUUGCAAGACUUGCGAUAUAUACGCAGAAAAAAACAUCACUGUUCCAAAUCAUGAUUGCCCUCAUAAUUGGACCGGAAGCAGCAAAGCCAUGGAAGCUGACAUGGCUGUUUCCAUGGCACAUCAACUUGAACAAGAUGACUUUAAAUUACAGGUAUUGCAUGCAGAUAAUGAUUCUACAACUACAGCCAAGCUUCGCCUGGAUUUUCCAGACCUUCUUAAGAAAGAUGAUCAGAAUCAUACAAAAAAAGGAAUUUCCAAGAGUCUCUAUUCGCUUGCUAAGAGACACAAAAUAUUACAAAACCCAGAUGUGAUUCCAUAUCUGACGCGGUGCUUCAUGUAUCCACUUGCUGACAACACCAGGAGCAAUGAAGAUGUUGCCAGAUCAUAUGACUGUAUUGUGCCCCAUAUCUUUGGAGACCAUUCCAAGUGUGAAAAUGAAAGUUGGUGUAGAUACAAAGAUAAUCCAUUGAAUUACAGAUUUACAAGUCUUCCCAAUGGAAAGCCUCUCGAUGGAGAUGAACUCAAGAAAGAAUUAGAAACUCUUGUUGAAAAAUACAAAUCCAGAAUUCCCAACAUGCGUAACUUAGGAUCAACUCAAUCAAAUGAAAAUUUCAACAACAUGGUCGCAACUAAAGCACCCAAGAACAGGCAUUAUUGUGGUAGUUUUUCUCUGAAAAGCAGAAUUAGUGCUGCAGUUUUGCAGAAAAACGAAGGCCAUAGUUACCUAACUAAAGUUAACAAAGCGAAUAAGCUCUCUCCUGGAGUAUAUACUUCAAAGCUGACGCAAAAGAUCGACCAGAGAUGAAGAGUAAAGAGACUUCAUCAGAGAAGUGCACAGUACAAAAAGAGGAGAAUACAACUUCAGAGAGAGAAGAGGAGGAAGGAAAGAAUAUCAACUACAAGAGAAGGAGUGACGUAUGAAUCAAAUUUAGAGGUCAACUGUGCUAAUGUACAAGAGGAAAUUCCAGAGUUUUUAGAUUUUGAAAGGACUAGUAACUUAGUAACAUUUGAUCUGGAGACAACAGGUUUGGGAAGAAACAGUGACAUAAUUCAAAUUGCAGCAUGUGUAGGGGAGGACACAUUUCAAGAUUAUGUGUUGCCAAGAUGCAAUAUUACAAGUGAGGCUUCUAAAGUCACUGGAAUAACAUAUUGCCGUGGAACAGACACGUUAUAUUUGCAGGGCAAAGCAGUUUCUGGCAAACCUAUACAGGAAGCACUUCUCAACUUCAUAACUUUUCUACAAUCCAAGAAAAACCCUGUGCUCAUAGGCCACAAUAUAAAGAGUUUCGAUUUACAUGUGUUAUUUCGAAGAUUACGAGAAUUUAAUUUAUUUUCAACAUUUUGUAAAGCAACCAAAGGGUUUAUUGACACGCUUCAAUUGUGCCGAAGAGUGAUCCCAAAGAAGGAAGUGAACGGAUGUUACAAGCAGGAGAAUUUAGUAAGAAUGCUUACAGGACAGAAAUAUACAGCCCAUAAUGCUUUGGAUGAUGUGCUUAGUCUGCAGACUUUGAUUGAAUCGAGAUUACGUGUUCAUAUAACCUAUGUGGACUUUUACUCUGUUAUGUACCACGCAUGUAUGGCAUCAUAUACACAGAGCCCUGGACAAAAGAAGAUAAGCAAAUCUGUAUGUGAGAAGUUAUCAAGAAGUGGCAUUUUCCUACAUCACAUCCAACUUGCCUUCAGCAGAGAUUUCAAAGCAGCAAAAAUGGUCCUGCAGACUCACAAAAUUUCUAACAAACAGAUCGAAAAUGUAGUGAAGUGUCUUUCAUGUGAAGAAUAAGAAAUUAAUGUACAUGUACAUUGCAUUAUUAUUACUGAUGUUUGUAUGAUUAUAUAUGUAUGUGUACAUACUGGGUAAUACUUCACAUAUCAUCAUGACUUUGUGAACUCCGUUAGUCUGAUUGGUCAAUGUGUGUCAUCCUGGAUCAUAAUGACCUACAUUGAGUCCUAUUCGUAUCUUAUCUUCUAUCCAAAUUUAGACAUGUUCAAGUAGGAUUAUUGUCUCUGUAUUUUCUUGUGGGCACUGUUCCUUGAUUGCAUCAAAUCUGAUCAAUGUGGUAGUUUAGCUGCUCUUCAUUCAUAUAUUUUUAAAAAAAUUUUUUAAUCCUGCUCCACAUAUUGGUCUAGACUGUAAUUUCAUUUUUAGCUCUACUGGUCAGAGACCAGAAGAGCUUAUGUGAUAGUAAUGUGUCCGGCGUUCGUCUUGCUGUCCAUCUGUCUGUCUAGCUGUCCGUCUGUCUGUAAACAAUUUUUCAAAAUGCUACAUCUCCAACAGUUUUGGUCUAAUUUCAAUAUAACUUGGCACACAAGUAGACUACACUAAGAUACAUAAUUCUAUAUAUCGGUUUUUGAUUUCGAUUAAUGGUAUUGCCGUGGUAACUAAAAAUAGAAAUGUCUGUAAAAUUGUUCCAAAAUGCUACUCCUCUACAGUUUUAGUCUGAUUUCAAUAUAACUUGGCACACAAGCAGACUACACUAAGAACACAAAGAGACUUUACCAAGGAUCAUUAUUCUAUUUAUUGCUGUUGUUAAGUUUCAAUUCCCAACUGCUUAAGUACUUUUCUCUUCCUUUGCUAUAGGUACAAACCAGUAGAGCUUCAGUCUCGACAGAGACUUUUGGUUUAUGAAUGCAUUUAUUUAUAAUAAUAGACUGCAUUUUUUAAUUUAUUUUCAUGUAUCAUAUCCUAAUUAUAAAUGUAAUUUGAAGUGCAAUACUGGUAAUAAGGUCUCCUCCUCAUUGAACGUAAUUUUACUGUACAUAUAUAUAUAUAAUCUUAUGAUGAAACUGAGUAAUAUUAAUAUUUCAAAGCCAAAUACCAAUAUUUACUACAAACAGAACAGUGUUGUUGUUUUCAUAUAUAUGAAGAAUGAGAAUAUAUAGAUGCUGUUGGAUAAGCUCAGAUUUUCACCUUACAAUGAAUACUGUACAAAGAGAAGAAAAAUUUGAAGAGGGGGAUGGGAGUUGGGGGUUGUAUUACAUGUACAUGUAUAAUUAUAUUCUAUGUAAUAUCUUAUGUAUAAAUAUCUGCCUGAUUUUUGAUAUAUUGAAGACAUUGAAGGUGAAGAAAUAUAAAGGACAAAAAAAUU